AUGAAUCUUAGGAUUCUAGGCCUAGCCAGCUCACAGGAUCGACAUUAUAGAAAUAGUUAUCAUUAA